AUGUCGUCGGAUUCCAAAUCCAAGUCCAAGUUCUCCCACCUGCCAUUGAGCACCAGCGGCCCUGUCGAAUGUGCCGUCCAGGGAACUGAGCUGCUCAAUACCCCAUACCUCAAUCACGGUUCCGCCCACUCGACGGAGGAGCGCCAUGCCUUCAACCUCACUGGCUUGCUGCCGCAGAGCGUCCAGUCUCUCGAGCAGCAGACCAAGCGUGCAUACGAACAGUACUCCUCUAGGAAAGACGACCUUGCCAAGAACACCUUCUUGACUUCGUUGAAGGACCAGAAUCUGGUCUUGUACUUCAAGCUCCUGCAGGAUCAUAUGAAGGAAAUGUUCAGCGUAGUCUACACGCCUACAGAGGGCGAUGCGAUCCAGAAUUUCUCUCGCCUCUUCCGACGACCAGAAGGUUGCUUCCUCAACAUCAAUGACGUUGACAGGGUCUCUCACGAUCUGUCACAGUGGGGUAACCCGGAAGACAUUGACUACAUUGUCGUCUCAGAUGGCGAAGAGAUCCUAGGAAUUGGAGACCAAGGAGCAGGAGGAAUCCUCAUCUCGGUGGCCAAGCUUGUACUCACCACGUUGUGUGCCGGUAUACACCCCAACAGGACACUCCCGGUGGUGCUAGAUUGCGGAACGAACAACGAGAAGCUGCUCGACGAUGACCUAUAUCUGGGUCUUCGGCAGAAGAGAGUGCGCGGCGAGAAGUAUGACAAGUUCGUCGAUGAAUUCGUUCAAUCAGCCCGCAAGCUCUUUCCUCAUGCGUACAUCCACUUUGAGGAUUUCGGCUUAACGAAUGCACGCCGCAUCUUGGAUCUUUACCGCCCGAAGAUACCUUGCUUCAAUGAUGACGUUCAGGGCACUGGAUGUGUAACGCUAGCGGCCAUCAUGGCUGGACUACACGUCAGUCAACAAAAGCUCCAGGACCUCAAGUUGGUCAUCUUCGGUGCAGGCACCGCUGGAGUGGGUAUCGCCGAUCAGGUCCGCGAUGCUAUUGCCGCGGAGAAGGGCAUUGGCAAGGAGGAGGCGGCAAAGCAAAUCUGGCUCGUCGACAAGCCCGGACUACUCACCACCAAAACCGAGCUAAACCACGGCCAAGAGAUCUACGCCAAAGAUGCGUCCGAGUCGAAUGGAAUGGAGAACUCCCUACUUUCGGUCAUCAAGGAGGUCCACCCAAAUGUUUUGAUUGGAACUUCCACUGUACCGAAAGCCUUCACGGAGGAAAUCGUCAAGGCCAUGGCAGAACAUACCAAACGCCCCGUGAUCCUCCCUCUAUCGAACCCCACCAGACUACAUGAGGCGGUACCAGAGGACAUUCUGAAAUGGACCGAUGGCAGAGCCCUCGUGGCUACGGGCUCUCCCUUCGAUCCAGUGAAAGGCCCAUGGGGUUCUGACGGAAAGGAAAUCGAGAUAGAGGUUGCCGAAUGCAACAACUCGGUCGUCUUUCCGGGUAUAGGCCUCGGGUCAGUGCUCUGCCGCGCAUCGCUGCUCACAGACAAGAUGCUCGUCGCAGCGGUCCGAGGUGUUGCAGACCUCAGUCCCGCGUUGAAAGACGACACCGCUCCGCUGCUGCCCGGCGUCGAAGACGUUAGAGACGUCUCCGUCCGAGUUGCUCGGGAGGUCAUCUUGGCUGCUGUUGGGGAGGGCAAGGCUACUGAGAAGGACAUCCCUACCGACAAGGCGGAACUGGAUGAGUGGAUUCGUGAGCAGAUGUGGAACCCGGUCUAUCGACCGCUGAAGCGUGUUGAUCCCGAGGGAGCUAGCAGGACGGCCAAGGCUGAGCUGAAGGUCGUUGGGAGCUUGGAGAAGGCGAAGGAGCGCGUCACGGGUCAAUGA